UUUUAAGUCAUUUAGGAUUGAGCCCACACCUUUGCUGUUAUCCUCAGCCCCCUGAGCUCUAGUCUCCCAUUGAAUCCACACUAACACCCUAGCUCUGUCUGCUGCAUCCAGGAGUCCAGCAUGAAGCUCUCGGUCAUCGGUGUCGUCCUAGGAUGCGUCGCUUUGGCGAAGGCUGCGCCAAUGGAUCCGAGAAUCAGAUGGUGCCUAAAGUCAGAGCAGGAAGCUCAAAAAUGCAGACAGCUCGCCUCAAAAUCCGAUUUGUUAAGUUGUGUGAAGCUCGAGGGCUCGAUGGAAUGCAUCAAAGCCAUCCAGAAUGGUGAAGCAGAUGCCAUCACUCUGGACGGAGGAGAUAUCUACACAGCCGGCCUCGCACCCUACAACCUUCACCCCAUCAUCGCAGAACAUUACGGCACAGAUGAAGAGACGUGCUACUACGCUGUAGCCGUAGCAAAAAAAGGCACUAAUUUUGGCUUCCAUGACCUUCGUGGGAAGAAGACCUGUCACACUGGAUUGGGGCAAACUGCAGGCUGGAACAUCCCCAUCGGCACGCUCGUCGAAAAGGGCCAUAUUAAAUGGGCCGGCAUCGAGGACAAACCUGUGGAAGAGGCGGUGAAGGAAUUCUUCCCAGCCAGUUGUGUGCCUGGAGCAAUCAACAGCUUGAGACUGUGCGAACUGUGUAAAGGCGACUGCUCGCGCUCUCACAAGGAGCCGUAUUAUGGUCACGAUGGAGCUUUCCAGUGCCUGAAGGACGGAGCCGGAGACGUCGCCUUUGUGAACCAUUUCACAGUGCUUACUGCUGAUAAAGCCAACUAUGAGCUGCUGUGCAAAAAUGGCUCCCGGAAAAGUGUGGACGAGUUUAAAACCUGCAACCUGGCUCAAGUUCCUGCCGAUGCUGUGGUUAGUCGCAAAGACGAAGAUCUGGCCAAGCGCAUCUUUGAGGUUCUUGAUAAACUCAAGGACAAAGGUCUGUUCACUUCCGAGGGCUUCUCAGCGAAAAACUUAAUGUUCAAAGACUCGACAAAAGGGCUGCUGAAGCUGCCAGAGAGCACUGACUCUUUCCUGUACCUGGGAGAAGAGUAUGUAGCUAUUAGCCACGCUCUUACAAAAGGCUUCAGAACGGGCAGCAAAUCUCAUGAGAUUACGUGGUGCACCGUGGGUCAUGCUGAGAAAAAUAAAUGUGACAUGUGGACCUUCAUGAGUGUGGAUGAUCAGACAAACAUCAGGAUCGAAUGCCAGGAUGGCAGCACUGUCGAUAACUGCAUCAGCAAGAUCAUGCGUAAAGAGGCUGAUGCGAUGGCAGUUGACGGCGGACAGGUGUAUUCUGCUGGGAAGUGUGGUCUAGUGGUGGCCAUGGUGGAAGAGUAUAACAACGAAUCAAAGUGCAAUUUUGGGUCUGCAGAUGCCUCGUCCUAUUACGCUGUGGCUGUGGUGCGCAAGGACUCUGAUGUGACCUGGGAAACACUGAUAGGCAGGAAGUCGUGUCACACUGGUUUGGGACGUACAGCAGGCUGGAACAUUCCCAUGGGUCUCCUCCAUGAUCACACCAAAGAGUGUAAUUUCUCAAAGUACUUCAGUGAAAGCUGUGCACCUGGAGCAGAUCCGAAAUCAAAUCUGUGUAAACUGUGCAAGGGUGCGGAAGGUAUCAGGGGGAAAUUAGACAAAUGCAAAGCCAGCACUGCAGAGCGCUAUUAUGGCUACGCCGGAGCCUUCAGGUGUUUGGCUGAAGGUGCCGGUGACGUGGCCUUUGUUAAGCACAGCACUGUAGCGGAAAACACAGACGGCAACGGACCAGAGUGGGCUAAGGCUUUCAAAUCAGCAGACUUCAAGCUCAUCUGUCCCGGUGGCUCUGCUGAAAUCACUGAAUAUGAGAAGUGUUAUCUAGCCAAAGUUCCAGCUCACGCCGUCGUCACUCAUCCCGAGAAACGUGACGACGUGGUGUCGGUCCUCAAGGAGCAGCAGGCCGUGUACGGUCAUUCCAGCUCUUGGGUCGUGUUUAACAUGUUCAAGUCUGAGGGCAAACAAAAUUUACUCUUUAAGGACUCUACUAAAUGUCUCCAAGAAGUUCCACCAGGAAAAAACUACAAGGAAUUCCUGGGUAAAGAAUAUAUAAGAACGAUAGACUCCCUGCGCGAGUGUGCCAGCAGUAAGACAGAACUGGAGAAGGCCUGUACCAUCCACUCCUGCCAAAAGAAAACCUAAAUGCUCCAGUUUGUCUCAGACAUUCUGUCCUGCUUGUGCAUUUGUGCGUGAAGAUAACUGUAGGCAACUUUCUCACCUGUUUACAAUUAAUCAGUCAUUGAUGUAAUUGGGGAAAAAAUACACCUUGGUUUUACUGGUUUUCAAUUUAUACUCACAAAACCCUCUAAAAAAGGGAGGUACGAUUGGCAAUGCAAACAUUAGCAAACACAUACUACACACUAAGUAUUUAAUCUCUGCCUAAAAAUUGGGUCUGGGUAUCCAUAAUCCACGCAUGACCUUUACUGCUAAAAACUGAAAAUGAGAAAUCCAUCGUUCUGAUGUCAGGAAUUAAUUAAUCUCGGAUUUCUUCUUUCCAGUGGUGAGACACCUCCUAUAUUCUUGAAACUUUGGGACCACCUGAAUAAAUAAAUACAUGUACCUUG